UCGACUUAUUUAAGAACAAAUUAUCUGAAGAGUGCAUGCCGUCCAACAUGGCGGACGAAGAAGAGGACCCGGUUGUGCAUGAGUUUCGGGACUCUUCUAGUGUUAUCCAAGUCGACACGUUAAAUUCAAAGUUCGAUAACUCAAAUUUGUGUACCAUCAUCGCCAAUAAAUGAAGUUUUCAUAUCUAUCUACUGACGAUUUACACAAAAGUUGAUGUAUUUCUGUCCAAAAGUCUUGCUGCAAAUCUUUACUUGUUGCAGUAUCCUGUUCGGCCAGAGAGAAUGACAUAUGAUGAUAUAGAUAUUCAGACAGCUAGAGUUAAACCAGUCCAGCAAAAACUUGAAUUAGAGUGUGCACUUAACACGAGAAGUGACCAUUAUGCCCGCAGUAAGGGGGAGCAGAUUGCUCUCAAUGUUGACGGUGCCUUUGGUGGAAACCCUGCCGACUCUUUUUAUUCAAGUGACAAAAUGGACAAACAAGUUUUAACUUCUUUUUCUACUGGAGAGAAGUCAGGGAGAUAUGCAGUAGGGAUUUUCAAAGAUGGAGAACUCCAUCUGACACCUUUGCACGCUAUUGUACAGAUGAGACCAAGUUUCAGUUAUCUGGACAGAGCAGACCAGAAGAUAAAGACAGAUGUUGGGCCAGCAGGAGAUGGUGGCGAGUCCUCACAGGAUGAGGAAGAGGAAGUGAAGCCAGUAACCGUGAAGUUUGCCCAUCAGGAAUCCGAGGAGGCCAAGGCACGUAGAAUGGCUUCCUUUGAUUAUCUACAAAAAAAGCAACAAGAGGAGACUUGGCAGCAGCUGGAAUACAACAACAUUAAUAGUGGAAGAGCCGAGUCUAGAAGAUUACAGUUGUAUGCUGGGAAGGCUGACGAGUUGUCAGAGUUCCAGCUACAGCCCGGGGAAUACCUCCAGGCACUUAUGCCAGAGACAGACGCGGAACAGGAAGAGAAACCUGCCAUGCCAAGUAAUGUGUUGUCUUUGAUUCAACUGAGGACCAUGCCUCUUCAUGACCAAGUGAAAACCCUUCUAACAAAUGCGAAGGUAAUCCGGUUCAGCCAGCUGUUGGCUCUACUCCCCCAGGGCAUAGAAGCAACAGCGGUCCUCAGAUCCCUUCAACAGGUGGCGGUGCUAGUACAAGGUUGCUGGGUAGUGAAGAGUGAGAUUUUGUACCCUAAAGAGGCCACCAGUCCACACAGUGGGGUCUCUGCAGACCAUCUGUGUAGAGGAAGAGAUUAUGUGAUGUGGAGAUUUACUCAGUCAAGGCAUGUAACUAGAAAGGACAUUGCUUCCAUUGUAAAGUUGCCUGCGGAAGAUGUGAAAGAAAUCCUAGAACAAAUCUCUCGGAUUCGUGUGAAUUGUGGCUGGGAAUUUCUGUUCUCUUACGAUUCCGAGUUUACUUCCAGAUAUGGGGAUAUUGUUCAAAGGCAGAAAAUGUUAUGGGAUGCAAAAUACCAAGGUUUGGCCAAGCAAUUGAAAAUCCCCAAGGAACAUGAGAAAAAGUUCAAAGACAAAGAUCCAGUUUUUCCUCCUGGAGAAAAGCCGAUGAGACGGAGGAGAAAUUCUUCCAGGUCUUCUACGGGCACGCGUCGAAAGAGAACCUUAAGUGGGCGGUCUCUGUCAGACUACAGCGAUCAAGAGAUGGACGCCAUUAAACAGGAUCUAGAAAACCAUGAUGACAUUCUGUCCCGAGGUGAAGAACCCAUGGAAGUGUCGUCUGCCAAACUACCAAACUCCAAUGGCACAAUGGAGGUCACCCCCAAUUCUGACUGUGAUAAAACAAUGGAGGAGAAUUCCAAUCUGAACUCCGCAGAUUUUAAACUUGAAGUGCUUAACUUUGUGAGGGAGAAACUUUACACUAGAUUUGUGGUCAGUGCUAGUGAACUAAGAAGACUUUUUCAAAUGCAUCUGGCUCAGUGUCCGCCGGGCCACAUUCUGUCAUCCGGGGUGUCUGACAAGAUUCUGGAGGAGUCCAUUUUAAAUGUUGGAGGGGUGCAACUAGAAAAUCAGUGGCCACCAAACACUCAGCAAGAGCCAAUGUUUGCCUUACCUAAAAUGGGUGACAGCCUAGACCCUGCGAGGACUGUUUUGCUGAAUUACUUUACCUCUAGUCAUAAGAUCAGCAGAAAGCAGUUUGUGAAGGCAGUGGAGGAUGGCUGUGGUAUGACUCUCUCUGAGCAGGACACAAAACUUUUACUCAAGGACUACUGUGCCCAGAAAGGUAACAGCUGGAUGCUGAAGGGAACUGUCCCUGCCUCAUGACCCAUGCUGUGUCCUAGCCGCCUCUGUCUGCUUCUUGUUUCCAUUUGUUUUCAUAAAAUACUAGAUGAUGCUACAACUCUGUUUGAGUUUCUUUUUUUAUAUAAUUAGGGAUAACUUUAUGAUUUACUGUAUACACAUAUUUGGACAUUUAAAAUACAUACCAUUGUUGAAAUUUAAUUAUGACAGAAUUUACUUUAAUCUAUUAGAUGAAUGUUCUGAUGGGUUAAAUGAAUAAAAAAAAGUGUUAAAGGGACAUGGUCACGAUUUUGGUCACAUUCUAUUUUCCUGUUUUUAUUAUUUACAAUGCUUUAGGAAUGCAUUUCCAAUAACCAAAUGAAAUUGAAGAGCCAGUAGUGAAGUUAUAAGCAAGAUACAGGACUCAAAAUUCUUUGUCAUGUAAACAAGGCUCGUGCCCUGUUAUUGUUUACAUUAGGUCAAUAUACCGGUAAAAGUUUUUUUCCAAGCUGAUUUUUCCAUCAUAUUAUUCAUUUUAAGCAUAAACAAACAGAUCUUAACGUUUACCACAUUCAUUUCAGUCUAAAACUGGAGUUUUCACUUCAACGUUCAAAAUGUAAACAAAUGCUUUGUUUACAUAGCAAAGAAUUGUAAGCUCUGUAACUCACUUAUAACUAACCGAAUAACACUUAAACUUUGGCUGCUUAUUA